AUGAAAGAUGGUAAUUUUUCCCCAUUUAUAUAUCUACAUAUAACUAACAAAAUAUUUGUUAUAGAUGAUAUGAGUUGCAUCAAUAAAAGUUCGAAUCGUCGAAGUACAUUGACUGGUUAUUCAUCAAUUUCGUCUGGAAUUGGGAGCAUUGCGAGUGAAGUUUCGGAAUUUGGAAGUUUUGGAGGAACUAUUGGAAGAAGUGCAAGUGUAUCGAGAAAUGGAUCGAAACGAGAAACUGAUAAAGGUAUGUUCAAAAAGCAUAUAAAUUGUAAAUUUUACAAAAUUACCAACAUCUAAAUGUUUUCCAGAACGAACCCGACGAUUCCUGAAGAAUGUGGUGAUAUCUGAUAUUCCAGCUGAAGAAUUGCUGAAAAUGAAAGUUGAACAAUUGAAAAGAAGAAAAGAUCGAUCGAUUGAUGAAGAAUUUGAAACACAAUUAGAUGAAACUGGAUCAUCGACUUCUUCAACAAUUCAAGAAUUAUUGAAUUUUGAUGUGGUUGCAUUAGAUAUCAAUGUUGAUGGAACACCUUGUAAGUUUUUUAUCUUGAUAAAAUUCUGAUCGCUUCAACUUUUAUAUCUCAACAUAUAAAAACCUCUUUUUUCCAGAUUCCAAAGUUGGAGAAGUGAUGAUCAAUGCUGAAAUCUCGAAAAAAAUAAAAGAUGAAAUGAGAUCUGGAUAUCGAUCAGAUAAAUGUGGAACAAUUGUUGAAUGCGAUCCAGAUAUUGUAUUUGUGUGCUCAUCAACUGCUCAAAAUAAGGUCAAUACAUCAUUUGCAGUUCGAGAUCUGGAUGAAUCUGUCGUAUCGAGAGGUAAAUUUUGAAUUUUUGUAGUUUUAUAAAGUUCUGAUCAUUUGCAGCAAGUGUGACACAAUCAGUUUUGGUUAAUGUGAGAAAUUCAAUCUCGAAAUCCAUUGAAUUGUGGAAUUCACAAGCAUUGAGCAGAACUUCAUCAACUUUGGUUAGUUUUUCUUGGCUUAAAUAUCUGAUGAUUAAAAAAGUUUGUUUUCAGUUACUUUUCCCAAUGUUUUGCUCGUCGGAAGAAGAAUGGGAUGCAAAAGAUACAAUUGAGGCUAUUUAUUGUAUGCUCGACGCAAUGUUAAAUACCAAACGGUGGAAAACGGUGAGUUAUAAGAAGUUAUAAAAAUAGAUGAUUUUGGAAAAUUGAUACUUUUAGAAUAUCAUAAUUCCAAAGUUGGAAACGUUAAAAAUUUUGUUUCUAAUUAUUAGAUAAUUUUCCACUGGAAUGGAAAUUACAAUGUGAUUACGAUUAAUUUUUACUACCCAAUUUGUUCCUGGCCAAUUUUAACAAUUUUCAAAAAAUCUCUUCUUUCGUUUUAAUUUUUUUCCAAUAUUUUCAUCAGAAAAAUAAUUUUCAGAACGGACGAGUUAUUUUGGCUGGUUUGACAUCAAACAAUGUUCGACUUCUUCGUGAAAAAUAUAAUGAAAUGAAAUUAUCGAUCAUUGAUGAUUGCGAAUUGCCAGAAAAUGAAUCCUCAAUAAGUAACACAUCUGUUUUAGUAACAAAGGUUUGAUUUUUCUUUGUUUGACCCCACCAUUUUCUCUCCAAAUAUCAGAAAUUUCGCCCCAAUUAUUUAUUCUUCUCCCCGCCGACCACCUUUUUUCCUCUUUCUCUCUGAAUUUUUAUCCUUUUUUGUUUCUUCUUUAAAAAUGUCUUGUCUGUAAAUAAAUUUUGAUGAUUUUAAAAAAUUCGCGGGAUUCUCAAAAACAACAGAUGUGCAAUGAAAAACACAUUGAACUUUUUUUCCAUGAUUUUUUUAGCUGCUCAUUCUCUUUUUUCAUUUUUCGGCUCGUUUAUUACACUCAUUUCAUCUUUUUCACUUGUUUGUUUCACAAGGAAAUCCCUUUUGUUUGAAAUUGGCUGAAAAUUAUGAGAAAUUAAUUUUAGGUUAUUUUGCAGUUCCAAAAAGUUCAAUUUUCAAUUUUUCUCAGAACAAAUCAUGAAUGAUGAAAAAUUGCGAAGUCUUUUUGCAUCUUUGGCAACUUUGACACAACAAGGACCAAUUCCAGGUUAGCAGUUUUUGGGGGAAUUUUUAGUGACAUGGAGUUUUUUAAAAUUUUGGAAAUCGAAGAGACAUUUUCCCAAUGUUUUUUUCUGAAUAAUAACAUAUGUGGAAAAACAUCUUCGGAAUCAAAUACUUCAAAAAAUUAUCAGAAGUUUAUAUCCCAAAUGACUUGAAAUUUGAAAAUCGACGAGACAAAUGUUCAUUUAUUUUCACAGUUUUCACAAGAAGUGUCCCGAUGUUUUUCGAAUUAAAAAUUUGAAUUUCAAAAUUUUUUGAAACCCAUCUUUUUGAUAACUAAUGUUUCUAAAAUCUAUCUUUUUUUGCAGUUCAAGCCUACAGUAUGCUAGCUGGUCAACAUUCAACAGAAGUAUUAGCUGAACAUAUGAGAUUAAGAUGGUUAUCAGAUGGAAGAUUUGGACCAUUGGCUGCAAAUAUUUUGACACAUAUUCAUAAAGGAGAUACAAAGGAUAUAUCAUUAUCAUCGAAUGUUUUGGCACUUUUGUUAAAUGAUUAUCGAAAUCGACUUUCUGUUCGAAAUGAUUCAAGAUUGAUGUUUAGAAAUAGUGUUAAAACAUUGUUUGCGUAAGUUUAUUUUUGAGUUUUGGAACGGAAUAUUUUGCGGGGAAAAUCCACGUUGAAAUUUAUGAAAAUUCAAUUUUUCAAAUACAAAAUUCUGGUAAAAUUUCACGUGUUAGAAUUUUUGUUCCUCAAAAGUGAACAAAUUUUUCGAAUCAUGAAUCCAAAUUAUAUUUUUUUAAAAAUCAAAAGUUUACAGAAUGUAUCCGAUUUACGUGAAAAUGGAUGAAUGUGUCUCAAAAAGUUUUAUCAAACCAAUGUUUUCAUCUUUGGAUGCUUUGAUUGAUGAUGGACCAGAUACUGAAGAUCUUGAGGUUUCAUUUAUUUUUUGGAUCUAUUGUUUUAUCAACAAAUAAUUUCAGACAGCUGGAGUUUUGUUAAGCGAAAAUGGUGGUGUUUUACAUGAAUUGAAUUCAUAUUUAGUCGAUCGAUUGAUUGUGAAAAUUCGACACAAAUUAAUGUCUGAAGAGGAAGUUGUUACAAAACAUGUUCGACAAUUGUUUUUGCAUGUAAGAUUAACAUUGUUGAUCUUUGGAAAAAAAAUUUAUUAAAUUCCAGGUUUAUGAUUUAUGGGCAUUUGGGUGGAGCGAAUUGAAUAUUCCGGAAUGUUUAUUGACUUUGGAAGCAAGUGGAAAAUUAUCGAUUGAUGGAGGACCACAAAGAAAAAAUGAUAUAAAUAAACAAGAAUUUGGUAGUAAAGAAAGUAUUAUUUGA